AUGGACAAUCUGUGUGCUGUGGAGAGCGACAAGGCAUCCGUGGAGCUCACCAGCCCGUUCACUGGUACCGUCAAGAAGCUCCACUGGAAGGUCUCUGACACCGUCAAGGUCGGCUCGAUCCUCGUCGAGAUCGAGACUGCUGGCGCCGCAGCCGCGCCCGCGCCCUCGCCCGUUGCGGCCGCCGCGCCCGCUGCGGCGCCGGCCCCGGCACCGGCCAAGACGGCGGCGCCGGCGCCGGUGGCCGGGGGCGCCAAGGCGCCUGGCGUGCUGGCCACGCCCAAGGUGCGCCACCUCGCGAAGCAGGAGGGCGUCGAUCUCAACACCGUGAAGGGCUCCGGCCCCCUGGGCCGCGUGCUGGAGGCGGACGUGCUCGCCGCGAAG